CAGGAGCAGGCGGAGCCCGACCGUCCCCGGGGGGAACAUCCUUCCCCCGGCCGGGGCACCGGGGACGGACCGACGGGCCACCUGCCCUCGUCGCCUCACCGCUCGGCCCCUCUGCCUGGACCCUGGACCGGGCUUCGCUACGAUGUCUUGGUGGCGGGAGAAUUUUUGGCUGCUCGUGGCUGUGGCUAUCGUCUUCGUCUCACUGACCAUCGGCCUGCUGAUGUACUGUAUCUGUAAGAAGCAGCUCACACGAGGUGAGAGCUGGCGAAUUCCCAAGUCUCUGAAACAGAAACCGAAAAAAGAAGAAAGGAUGUAUGAGAAUUUCCGCAACGAAACACCAGAGUACGUCCCCCCGCUGCCGCCCCGAAACCUCUCUUCGGACAACACGUUCCCCGACGUUUCCCAAGACGGCCCGAUCCAACCAGGAGACGCGUACUCCUCCGUGAACAGGGACAGGAGGUCCGAGAAGAGAUCUUCCAGCUAUGACGAACCGGAUGCCGACCUCUACAUCGAGCCCGAGGAGGCCUACGACGACGUCGAAAUCCCCGCGGUCAGCGGCCCCGGGCCGCCGGCUUCUUCUUUUAGGCUGCAGUGAAGGGAGCGACUUGUCGGAAAGUCAACCCGAAGGCCCAAACCGACUGACCCUUUAUUGGGUGGGUCGAAAAGCCCGGCGGAUAUGCGAUGAACCUUUGUGAGAGGAGCGGCCCGGAUCUGUUUUCAUCUCACUGGGAACCGGAAAGAGGAACUCGGUGGCUUUUGGGGGCACCGUUUAGGAAGCAGACUCCUCUCCGGUUGACAUCAGGUGGUGGUGAAUGAAGGGAGGUGGACGGAGGGAGGUGGAUGAUAAUAAUAACCGCUACGGUAUUUGUUAAGCGCUUAC